AUGCAAGCAGCGCUUGCGGCCAAGGGUUAUGAUCUGCUGGACACGGACGGUGGAGCUGGCGGAGGCGGUGAUGGCGAGGAGGAAGACUCGGAUGAGGAAGACAUCUUUGGCAGGAUCCGCAAGUUGCCGCCAGACGCUGCACGAGAGAAGGGCAAGAAGGCUUUCCAGGAUGGUGACUACGACAAAGCGAUACGAUAUUGGCAAGGCGGACUGAAGUCCAUUUUGGGAUCGCUGUGCGCCGGGCCUGCGGCCUUGUCGGAUCAGUCCUUGUCUGAGCUGGACUUGACGCUGAAUUUGAACAUCGCCAUGGCCUACAUGAAAAAGGAGGACUACCAUGCUGCAGAGAGAUCGGUGGACAAAGCCCUGGCCAGAAGAGAGGCGCUGCCUGCGCACCUCAUCACCAAGGCGCUCUACCGCAAAGCGAUGGCUCAGCGAUCAAUGCGCAGGCUUGAUCAAUGCCUCGAAACUUUGGGCGACUUGCUGGAGGUGGAAGCCGGACAUGCUGCUGCCAAGCAGAUGCAGCAGGAGGUGGAGCGCGAGUGGGCGAAGCAGUGCCGCGAUCAAAAGAAGAACAUGAGGAAACUCUUCGACAAGCUCUCUGGAGAAGACCGAGCCGCAGAGGAGAUAGAGCGCCAGCAGCGCACGGCCCUUCGUGAUCGGUCCGGUGUCCGAUGGACGGCGGAUGACGUUGACUCGGAGGCUUUCGCCGCUGGCAGCACACCGCCUUCCGAUGGCAAGGACUGGGGACUGGCCUUGAGCAGAACUGUGCUGUGGGCCAUGGAGCAGCUGGCCCUGGAAGGGCCACGGCCUUACGCUGCUUUCUGCACACGUUUGCCAGGUGUGCCUGCUGCCCGGAAGGACUUAGCACAGGGCUCAGGAAACUUCACCCAGCAGUCGUCCACCUGUGAACUGAGAUGGCUGAAGCCGGCAGAAAUUCUGAAGAGGCUUCCAGCCAUUCAAUGCCUGGCGCUUGAACUUAUUGGCUUCCUGGGCGAGAUAGAUCCCGACAAUUCAAGGGUGCCUGACCCCAACAUCGACAAGCUGCCGGAGGGUAUCAUGAAAAUCAACGUGGACGAGCGACAAGCCUUUUUGAGAGCGACGCAAGGGUCACUGGAGGAGGCCUUGGACAAGGAGCUGCUUUUGCCACCCGACGCGGAUGGGAAGGAGGCCUUGCCACAGGUGUGCUUUAUUGCACAUCCGCAGUUGCACAGAUAUUUCUCGGAAUUUCAUCCUGCGAUUAGCUGGCUGAUAACGAAGCAGGUGCCUACAAUCAUCAUUGGCGCAUCUGAUCCAGAUCCAUCCUGGCAGCAGGACGAGCAGCUGCUCAGAAAGCUUGGUGCUGAACUCGUUGUUAGUAAGCGGGAGAGCCCGUAUCCGAUGUGCCUACCUGGGAACUCAAAAGUAAAGAAAUGCAGUCACAUCAUUGGUUUCCGUGGAGGAAAGGCGAUCGAGCGCGACAAGCUCAUGAACGUCAAGCUGGAGCUGCUAGCGCAGGAGUACAGUGUGCGGUAG